CAAUGGCCGCCAGUGGCUCGGCUGGGUUAGCCGAGUGGACGAGCUUAGCGCCGCCGCGGGAAUAGCAGUGUCGCACCGUGGCCUGUCACACUGCGACGGAUGAGGACCGCGGCGCAUCUGGCCUGUGUCGUACUCAUCGUGGCUCUCGGGCGGCGCCUAUGCGCGCAGGUGGCCGAGUUGAGCUGCCCGCAUCUCGACGGCUGCGCCUGCAAGAAGGUGCGCCGGGGCCUCCGGGUGCUGUGCAAUGCCACCGUGAACGGAGACGUCUUGAGCGCGGACGUCUCCACGCUCAAAGGCUUCUCACUGGACUCGCUCAUCUUGGACCACGUGAAUCUCACAGUCAUUCCCUCGCGGUACUUUGAGAACCUCACAACCAAGUCUCUGUCCGUGAGAAACACUCCCCUGCAGUUCACGGUGAACGACAGCUUCGAGGGAGCCAAGAUCCUCUCGACGCUGCACAUGGGACGCAACAAUUUGAGUGAGAUUCCGCGAGGUCUGGAGGCGCUGCCGACGCUAAAGAUUCUGCUGCUGCCAGGCAACUGCAUAACGGCCAUCGAAAAUUUCCCGCCGCUCGAGAACCUGACCGAGUUGGACCUAUCGCGUAACUGCAUCGAGAGGCUCGGGUCUAACGACCUGGAAGGGCUUGGUGGCCUGAAGAAACUGUGGUUGGGCAACAACCGCAUACAGUUGAUGUCGUAUUCGUUCUUCAAGUACGCGAAGAAUAUAAUGUUCAUUGACUUACACAACAAUUAUCUCAAAAAUGUCUACAGCGCCUUUCAAGGUCGUGAAGAUCUUAUGGAAAUCAUCUUGUCUAACAACAGCAUCAUUGGUAUCGACCGGUUAUGCUCGGGAAACACGCCUAAGCUCAAAAUACUCCGCGCUAGCAAUAACAAUAUCUCUUGGCUCUCCAAGAUUGGUCCUCACAACAUCGUAAUCGAAACAAUUGAACUUAGGAACUGCAAUAUAAGCGAACUGCGAAAUGAAACGUUUAGCCAGCUGUCUGAGUUGAAGAUGCUUGAUCUCUCUUACAACGCCAUCGAAUACAUUCCCGGCAACUACUUUCACAAGGAGUCGAAGCUCAAGUAUUUUUUCAUUGCUGCGAAUAAACUCCACAGCAUACAGAACACUUUCAAGGCGACACGCCGCAUGGAAAAGCUAAACUUAUCGAUGAACCUCAUUGAAGACAUUGGGGAUGCGUUUGUCAACAUGCCGGCAUUGAAAGUAUUGACAUUAAGGAACAACCGCAUCCAAUUCAUUCUAGAUGACACGUUCAAAAGUAACUCGAACAUCGAACGCCUGGAUCUGAGCGGCAAUAAGCUCGAGUGGCUCGGAAAAGACUGCUUCCAUCGUCUUUUUCGCCUCAGAGUGCUUCUAAUGACCGGGACAUCACUCGUGUCACUCAAUGGUUCGCUCCAUGGCCUGCCCUACUUGAAGUACCUCUUCAUUCACGGCAACCGCCUGGCAAGGCUUACCGCUGCGGAUUUUGACGGCAGCCGGCAGCUUUCUUUCAUCUAUGCGAACAGGAACAAUAUCACCAAUGUGCGAGAAGCUUUCAAAGGUCUUUACGAAUUGCAGACGCUCAGACUAGACGGAAACCGACUGAGAUCCGUGCACAGGGACAGCUUCCCGCGUAAGCUCGACAAACUGAAGCGGCUGGUGUUGGAUGGAAAUCCCCUUCUCUGUGACUGUCAGCUCACGUGGCUUGUGACAAACGCCGCUUCUCUAUCUGCAAAAGGUGAUCCACUUUGCCACGGGCCUUACUGGAACCGAGGAGAGAAGCUGUUCGACUUAUCCAUAGAGAACCUCACUAUGUGGUUCACCAACUGCAGCCAAGGCUGCGACUGCACCUGCUUUCAAGACACUCCGUUUUCUGCAGCCAUUCUCGUCAACUGCUCUCGCAGAGGACUGAAGGAGCUUCCAGAAGAGUUCCCGUCGAAGACGCGCGUUCUUGAUCUGAGCUGGAACCGCCUCAGAAAACUGAAGGACAGAUUAGUUUACAAGACUCCAUUCCUCACCUCACUGAACCUAGCCAAUAACCUGCUUUCAGAGAUCAAAACAGGAGUAAUUCCUAUUUCAACUAAACGGAUAGACGUAAGCAACAACUCUUUACGUACCUUCCCUCUUGGUAUGGUCUCCGAAAGGACUGUAGCGGCCAUCUGGCUCUCGGGUAAUCCUUGGGAGUGCAGCUGUCAAGACUACUCCUUCAGGCAAUGGACCGAAGCGAACAGCUCUGUAAUUCAGGACUACAACGAAACUGUCUGCGCUCAAGGACAAAACCAAUAUACAUCCGGAAAGAAGUUCAUGGACCUCGGAGAAAAAGACUUGUGCCCUUCACUAAAAGUAUUCAUCGUGCUGGCGUAUGGAAUUCCUCUCCUGGUAUUGUUGGUUACUGCCAUGGCAUCCGUGACAUUGUACCUGAAGUACAAGCAGGAGAUAAGGGUGUGGCUGUACGCGCGCGGAAUCUGCCGCUCACUCAAUUGCAUCAAGGAGGACGACAUUGACGAGGACAAGGACUUCGACGUGUUCCUCUCGUUCAGCAGCAAAGAUCGGGAGUGGGCGUACCACGAGCUUCUGCCGAAGAUCGAGGCGCAUGGCUUCUCGGUCUGUACCUACGACCGGAACUUUAAGGGUGGCUUCCUGAUUCAAGACAUAGUCCAGGAGGCCGUAUCGUGCUCAAGGCGAACACUCCUGGUUCUGACACAGCAUUACGUGGAGAGCGAAUGGUGCCGCUGGGAGUUCCGUGUGGCGCAGCACCGUGCCCUGCAGGACAACAUCAACCGCCUGAUCAUCGUAGCCGUUGGCGAGGUCUGUCCCGAAGGCAUCGACGAAGAACUGCAACGGUACAUGCAGGAAACCAACUAUCUGCGUUGGGGUGAACCUCACUUCUGGGACAAGUUGCUCUACUCGUUGCCUAAGAAGGACGCCCGCACCAGGGUCAUCGCAAACGAGUACCCAAUGACUCCUGUCGCUUCGGCGACACACACGUGUGCUAUGAAACUUGCUCUGCGGAGACGCACCGUAAACUUUGUGAAAACAGUGGAUACAGAUGACAAGAUGUUGCUGCCAUCGGUGACACGAAUGCCGCGUCGAAUAUGCCUAAUCGCGGGCCUGGUGUUAAUGCCGUGCUUGUUCCGUUCGUCAGCAGAGGGCCGUGUGUCGUGGCGCAACGUGAACGUUACGUGCCCAAAGCUCGAGCGCUGCGAAUGUUCGGUCGUCAGUCAGGGCGCUCUGACUCGCUGCAGGAAUAUCUCUCAACCGCAAGAACUUGACGCAGACAUGGCCAGGAUCGAGGGGGUCGUCCAUAGAAAGCUGACCUUCGACCACGUCCAAAUUACCGAGCUACCGGCCGCGUGGUUCACAAACCAUACAAUCAUCAUGCUGAUCAUUGUCAACAGUCCUCUCCGCGACAUCGGUGAGGAAGCCAUCGGCGCAUUGGGCCGAAUGUCGCGAAUGCUUCUGGAGAACGACCAGCUGGAAGCCCUGCCUCGAGGUUUGACCGCGGCGAAGCAUUUGCGCUGGCUGGAGGCGCGCAACAACCGCAUCAGAUUCCUGCAAGGCGUGCUACGUUUGCCCGAACUGUUCGAGUUGGAUCUUCGCUUCAACGCGAUCGAAAGAAUCGAUGAGACGUAUCUGUCGGCCUUGCCGAAUCUGAAGCAAUUGCGGCUUUCCGGCAACAGAAUACGGCAGCUGCCGACUGCUCUGCUCAAGAAUACGAGAAAGUUAAAAAAAGCUGAGUUUCGCAACAACUACAUUGCGGAAGUAGGCGACGUGUUCAACGAUAUGCCUUACAUAGAGGUUCUCGACUUGAGCUACAAUAUGAUCACAGAUGUCGACAGGUUGUUGAAAGCAAGAAUGCCUUACCUAAAUACGUUUAAUCUAGAGCAUAAUCGAAUUAACUUUAUAAGCGAAGUCGCAUCGUCGAACACCAUGAUCGAAGAACUGUUCUUGAAUGAUAACGAAAUAACCCGAGUGGAGGUCGGUGCAUUCGCUGCUUUGGAACGAAUGACUUAUCUCGACCUGAGCCGCAACAGCAUAACUUAUUUAAACGAGUCGGUGUUUAAUACAGGUUCGAGGCUCGAAUACCUUGGGUUAUCAGAAAACAAGUUGGCUAGCGUGACAGGAGUGUUCGACAGGACACGUCGCCUGAAGGACUUGAAGUUAUCAUCCAACAGGAUCAAGGACAUCACCGACGCUUUCAAGGGUCUAACACUACUGAGAAAGCUUUCGCUGAGGAGCAAUCUGGUGACUCACAUUCCUGAUGGCACAUUUCGUGACAGCGAUGGCUUGGAUGAGAUCAACUUGAGUGAUAACAAGAUCCAAUGGGUAGGAAGGAACGCCUUCAGGGGACUCGUGAUCCUUGACAAGUUGCUGCUGCAAGACAACCUGCUCCUGGCACUGAAUGGUUCUGCGAGGAAUCUGCCUAAGCUGCGUUACAUUGACGCCUCCAGUAACGCUAUCCAGUACCUGGAAAAUGGCGAAUUCGCCAACGAUGACCGCCUGGCUUCCAUUCAACUAACAUCGAACAAUAUCAGCCAUGUGCGAGGGGCUUUCACAGGAGCCAAAAACUUAGCGGGGCUCUACCUAAGGCGAAACCAAGUGGAGGUGCUGCGUCGCAGUGACUUCGCCAAGGUGCUAAAGAAGAAGCCGACGAUCAUCCUCGAUGAGAACCCUCUACUGUGUGACUGCAGAAUGUCUUGGCUUACACUGCGCCGGGACGGUGCAGUCCGGGCGGGAAACUACCCCACAUGCCUGGGGCCGCAAUGGCUGAAAGGAAAACUGUUGAGCACGCUUACGAAGAACGACCUGAUCAGGUGGGAACACGACUGCGAGCUAGGGUGUCGGUGCGACUGCCGAGAAGACUCCCUCGGUGACCGAGCCAUCGCUGUCAACUGCACAUCAGCGGCGCUGAACCGCGCGCCGCAGGUCUUUCCAGAGGGCACGACCGAUUUGGACCUCGGCGAAAACCGCAUCGAAGAGCUCGGCGACGCUCUCGUCAACGGUGCGCCACGCCUGAAAGUUCUCUCACUCAGGAAAAACCUCCUGACAAGCCUCAAUGUGACCAACGUGCCCGAAAAUGUGCGCUCUCUCGACCUGAGUAGUAACCGUAUGAAGCGGUUCCCUUACGACCUUGUGACGAAGCACAAUCUGACGUCGUUGCGGCUGUCGGCCAACCCUUUUUCGUGUGAAUGCGCCGACUACCCUUUCAGACAGUGGAUUGAAAGCCACGGUCAUGUGAUCACGGAUGUCGCGGACGUUAUAUGUGCUGAGAGCUCCAAUUCACUGGUUUCCCUGAAGCCCUUUCUCACAUUAGGACAGAAACAGCUGUGCCCGGGAACUAUACCACUAGCCGUUAUGUACCUGCUGCCAAUCUUGGCGUCGCUGGUGGUCGGGCUGACGCUGUCGGCGGCCUACCUGCGCUACAAGCGCGAGCUGAAGGUGUGGCUGUACGCGCGUGGUGUGUGCCGCUCGCUGCAGUGCAUUAAGGAAGAUGAGCUGGACGAAGAGAAGCUGUUCGACGUCUUCCUCUCGUUCAGCAGCAGGGACGCCGACUGGGUGCACGCGCAGCUUCUGCCCGGCGUCGAGGCGCUCGGGUUCUCAGUGUGCACUUACGAGCGAAACUUCAAGGGCGGCUUCCUGCUGCAGGACAUCAUCCGAGACGCCGUGACAUGCUCCAGGCGCACGCUGCUGCUGCUCACGGGAAACUUCAUGAAGAGCGAGUGGUGUCGUUGGGAGUUUCGGUUGGCGUACCAGCGUGCCCUGGGUGAUCACAUAAACCGGUUGGUGAUCGUGCUCGUCGACGAGGUUCCUGCUGAUUCGCUGGACGAGGACCUCCAAGCGUACGUGCGAGCCUCGAACUACGUACGCUGGGGCGAGCCGAACUUCUGGGACAAGCUGUUGUACUCGCUACCCAAGAAGGACUCCAAGAGGAAGCUCAUCACCAACAGAGGAGUAGAAGAGCACGCCCUGGCGUAUAUCACCGACGUCGGUUAAUAAGCGGGCAUAAACGAGCCACGCGGGUGGCGUGAGGGAACUCGCCUAGCGGGAUAAAUGGCUAUGUGCUCCUAGUCCCGGUGUCAAAUUGUCGUGUCGCACGUUCGAGUUGUACGUUAGGUGAUGCGAAUUGGUGUCGAGGUGUCUUUCGUCCACGAGGAAAUUAUUUCCAUGUUUUCAAUGUACAUGCGUUUGCGAAAGGCGACAAGGAUGUGAAUCUCGACAGCCAGUGUGUGCUACUAUGUCCGAUCUGUGCAACGAUGAAGUUGUACGAUGAACCUCAGUGUUUCAGAUCUGCCUAAAAAAAUUAGAAGCAGUACCCAAACUGUCCCAUGGUGACACUAAUGGGAUUUUAGUCAGCAUGACUGUCACCUCGGCUCUUUGUAAUGAAGCAAAUGCCGAGAUUUAUGGCCUAAAUAGUAUAUUACCGUAAAACACCGCCUUCAUGGAUGAAAUAAUAUAUUUACUAUUAUUUAUUUGGGUAGAAAGGCCUCUCAGGAUACCAUGUAGGAACCGCGCAGAUACAUAAUCGACCCUGUGUUACCAAAACGUGGCUACCGUGGUGAAGAAGCAGGGGGUAAGCAAUCGAAGCAAUUAGAACGCGCUGCGUUGCUUGUGGGCUCACUCCACUGUACAAUAAUGCUCAGAAGCUGAGGUGAAUUCCGUAUAUUUGAAAAGUUCACCCCGCAAUCCAUCACAAAAAAAAAAAAAAAACAUCAA